CUCCGUCAGACUCUUAUCCUUAUCUUAGUUUAUCUAUCCGAAAUCCUCACCAAGUUCACUCCAAGCGAAUUCACCACUGGUCAAACAACAUUGCACUUUGACAUACAUCGACUAGCGACGACUAGCAAGCAAAAUUGACGAGAUCAAUUAUCCGACACGUAGAUGUGCCAUACCAAUGCCGCCCUCAAGGCCACUCCUUUAUAGUCAUCAAUCAGUGUUACAGAUUCAUCCGUCACGCCGCUACUUUUCGCAUGGACCCAACGUUCGAUAUGUAAAGGUGAUCAAACGACCUUGGUCCAGAGGCUUCAUCGCAAAUAUAUUGCUCUGUGGAAUAGCUGCAUAUUUCUGGAGCUCAUUUGUUCCGGCUCGAAAGGAUAAUACGUCCAGCAAUACGGCCUCGCAGACAACUGUUGACAGUCAUUCUGCACCUGAAACAACAAGCCGAGACCGUAUAGAGGCUGUAUUCAUUCCAACUGGAUGGUCACAUCUGGAAGAAGGCAGAUUAUAUGCAGCAACAGACCCUGAGUGGAAGGAGUUUGUCAAAAUCUCCCAAAGCCCUGAAAAGCUUCAGUCGCUCAAAGGUAAUCUAUUAAGUGAGCGGGCGUGCUUGUCAGACUCAUAUAUGGACUUCAAGACCUUGGACAAGCUUGGUGGCGCGUCGCAAUCCGAGUCGCCGAGCACGCAUCUCCAGCCUUCAUCCAUUUUGGCUACAUUGCGAUGGCUACCUCUGCCAAAACUAGGCCCUGGUUCUGAUCUACACGACGCGACGCAGGUUUUCAAGAAACGGAUUGACGAGUGCCAGAGAUCGGACUCACGUGCUUAUCGUCAGGGAAUAUUCUUCAUUCGUGGGCCUGUGGGCCUCAAGGGCUCGCAGGGUUCCUGCAGAAUCCAAGUGGAGGGCGAAUAUGAUCCAGUAGCCUCACAGUGGGUAUCUGUUUCUAUGCACCUCAACGAUUUAGCGUUUCUAAGCCAAAAGCCUUUGGGUCGCAAAUGA